AUAUUAAGAACAAUCUUUCAAAAAUCUUCGGUUUCUUCCACCAUGUUGGCUAAUGCCAGCCUCAUCUCCUGCAACUUCUCCAAGUUCUCAUCUUUAACACUGAAAAGCCCAGAAACUAGGAACUUCCUUCAAACUCAAAACCUUAAGCCAAGAAUAUCAAUUCCCAGAACAAGCUUUGGAUUUUCGAUAUUUAGGAGCCAGGACUAUAAAACGUUUAUUUUUCCAUUACAGCAAAAGGGUCUUUCUCAAACUUGUCGUAGUACCUUAAAUGGUGAAAACCAAGAAGACCCGGGUUUGAAUGAGGGAGAUAGCUUGGAAAAUAAACCUACAGAAAGUGGAAAUGUAGCUGAGGGAAGAGACUGGACGACCUCGAUUUUGCUCUUUGUGUUAUGGGGCGCACUACUGUAUUAUGUAUUCAAUCUGGCUCCCAACCAGACUCCGACAAGAGAUAUGUAUUUCUUGAAAAAGCUCUUGAACUUGAAAGGAGACGAUGGCUUCAGAAUGAAUCAAGUGCUAGUGUCACUGUGGUACAUAAUGGGUUUAUGGCCCUUGGUUUACAGCAAGCUGCUGCUUCCGACAGGUAGAAGUUCUCAGAGCAAAAUUCCAGUCUGGCCUUUUGUAGUACUUUCAUUCUUCGGUGGUGCAUACGCUCUCCUUCCCUAUUUUGUACUUUGGAAACCACCACCUCCUCCAGUUGAAGAAACUGAACUCAGCAGAUGGCCUCUGAAUUUUCUAGAAUCAAAACUGACAGCUGUGUUUAACUCCAUUGGAUAUCAGGUUACACUGGCUGCAGGACUAGGUAUACUCAUUAGUGCAGGAUUAGCUAACGGCGAUGACUGGAGUGAAUUUUUCCAGUAUUUCAAGGAAAGCAGAUUUAUCCAUGCUACUUGCCUUGAUUUCACUCUACUAUCAACUUUUGCUCCAUUUUGGGUUUACAAUGAUAUGACUGCUCGAAAAUGGUUUGACAAAGGGUCUUGGCUUUUAUUUUUGUCACUGGUUCCAUUUGUCGGUCCUGCUUUAUACAACGUCUUACGACCACCGCUAUCAGCAUUGCCAGCAACGGUAAGCAGUACAACUUCUGAACCAGAGGACACUUGAAAUUGUUUCUUACUUGGUCCUUCAGUCGAGAGACUCAAUUAACUGUUGGCGGAGGAAAGAGAAGCAUUACAAUAAAGGGAGAGUUCUGAAUGUUGGCAAUCAAAUGUUGAGUCAGUGAUACAUAUGUUGUAAAAGUCUUAAAACUAGUUUUGCAUACUGCUGAAUGUGCUUACAGAAGGGGAACAAACAAGUAUAUAACAUUGUAAGAUGAAGCAGUUUUCAAUGUAGUUACACCCAUUAUUCAUCAUUUAUGACAUUCAAUGUCGCUAUUAGUGCAAUGUAGUUAUUGUUACAGAAGUUCUGGACCUUUUUUAUCCCUCUAUUGAAGGGGUUAAUCAGAUGAAGAGAACACUUACAUGACUGAUUUUACUAAA